AUAAAAUAAAGAUGACACACAAAAAAAAGCCGCCUUUGACCUUUCCUUUGAAUUAACAUAGUAAUAAUUGUGAUUAUUCAUUCAUUGACACGCAAAUCUCAGAGCCAAUGUUUGCAGUGCAGCCUCCGGCACCGGCGAACUCCGAAGGCGGUGCUGCCGGAGAUGCUCCUCUGGUCAGAACUUACCGUGCUUGGAAAGGCAACAACGAAUUUUGUCUUUGGGGGAGGCUUAUAUUUGGACCUGAUGGGAAAUCUAUACUUUUGACUAUCUUUCUUGUUGUUGCCCCUGUUGCUGUUUUCUCUGUUUUUGUGGCCAGGAAAUUGUUGGAUGAUUUUCCUCAUCACUGGGGAUAUUCAAUAUUGAUCGUAGUUAUUCUCCACACGGUGUUUGUUCUGAUCACCCUUGUACUGACCUCAGGAAGAGACCCUGGCAUAGUGCCCCGUAAUUCUAAUCCUCCAAUUCUGGUUGAAUAUGAAGGGAAUGCCAAUAUCAACAAUGAACAAACCCCACAGCCACAUUUGCCACGAGCAAAGGAAAUAAUAGUCAAUGGAGUAUCUGUGAAGAUAAAAUAUUGUGAUACCUGCAUGCUCUAUAGACCUCCUCGUUGUUCUCAUUGUUCAGUAUGCGAUAAUUGCGUGGAGCGAUUUGAUCAUCACUGCCCUUGGGUUGGUCAGUGCAUUGGAUUGCGAAAUUACAGGUUCUACUACAUGUUUGUUUUCUCUGCAACCCUUCUUUGUUUAUAUGUUCAUGGCUUUUGCUGGGUCUACAUUAAGAGGAUCAUGGACUCAGAGGAGAUAUCAAUUUGGAAAGCAAUGAUCAAAACUCCUGCUUCCAUUGCACUAAUAAUAUACUCCUUCAUUUCUGUCUGGUUUGUUGGUGGCCUCACUGUUUUCCACACAUAUCUAAUCAGCAAAAACCAGUCAACAUAUGAAAAUUUUAGAUACCGUUAUGACCAACAAGCCAACCCUUAUGACAAAGGAGUAGCUGCGAACUUCAGAGAAAUAUUUUGCUCCAGCAUUCCUCCAUCCAAGAACAACUUCAGGUCUAAGAUUCUGAUUCCAAAGGAACCAUCAGAAUCAUCUAGAAGAAGAACUGUUGAAUCCCUGAGCCCUAUGAUGAGAAAAACAGCAGGAGACCUUGAACUAGGAACCACCCCAGGGUACAAUGAAUUUGAGGAAGAGGAGGAGGAAAGUGAUUAUGCAGAUGAGUUUACCAAUGAUGAGGAACAUGGAAAGGUUAGUGGAAUAGGUGAUGAUAUGUCUGUGGAUUUGACCAGGAUGCUUCACACAGAAGGGGGGCAGAGAGAAGUUGCUUCACUUCUAAGGCACUCGCUGUGGGAAAGAAGCAGCAAAGAAAAUGGGACAUAAGUUAUGAUGUUUAAGACGGGAUCACCAGUGAUAGUAGUAAUGAGCCUAGUGGCAACUCACCAGAAGAGGCUCCAUAAUAUUGAUGUCAGAAAAAUUCAAAAUGUAAAUUAAAAGAGAAAUGUUUUUUUUACAACUAAAAGAGAGAAAGAGAAAUUUGAGAUGUAAUAAAUGAUGUGAUGGAAAAAAGAUAAAUAAAAAAAAAUGUAUGAAUGGUUGUAUACUUUUAUGUCACAUCUCAUUAAAACUACAAGAAUUUUGGGUGGGAAAAUGCGAGGUAAUGCAUGUGUUUUGGUUAAAUCUGAGAUGUAAUCCCUUAAAAAAAAAAUUCCGAGAUGUAAUUGGAGCUUUCUACGUUGAUUGAUUGUUGGAUAUUGGAUUCUUUGGAGUUAAUGUGGUGAUAUAAUAUAGUUCUUUUGAAAGUGGAAGUUGUGUACAAUUGAAGAACAAUAGAAGUUGUGGAAGUGAUCCUUCCAAGUUCCA